GACCUCGACGGUUACGGUAUUUUUAGCGUGUGCGUAGCGAUGACCCUGUGCUGCUAUCGCGUAAAAAUGUCGAAACCGGAGAGGUUAAGAUUUACAAUAUACGACGAUUUGGUACUUUUACGUGAAGUUUUACAUCAAAAUCCGUACGAGAAACACGAACGAUGGAAGGAAAUCCGAGAAAUAGUCGUCAACGUUACCGGGAAGGCGUUUACGGUGCGCGCAGUUAAAGAUCAUGUCGAAUAUUUAUUGGCUUUGUUAGCAAAAGACGACAGGGCGAAUUUACGAAAGUCUGCGACGGAAGAACAGUCCGAUGAAAAGGAACAACUUUUAUUGCAAAUUGGGGAAAUGUCGCGAGGGUUUAAAAUGAAAAAUUCACAGAAAUUCAAACAGUGUGAAGUUCAAGAAACGGUUUUGACAGAACUUGAUAUAAAAGAGAACGAAUCGACGAAUUCUAGUGACGGCGAAGGAACCCAACAAAAUGUUUCAACAUUAGAACAGAGGCGUGCGUUGAAAAGGCCGUAUGGGCAGCAGUUGAAAAAUUCCAGUUUGCAAUUUUUGCGUGAAAAACAGCAAAGCGAGAGGAGCAUAAGAUUGAGGGAGUUGCAACUGGAGGAGAAAAAGUUAGCGUUGGAAGAAAGGAAGAUUGCAUUACAGGAGGCACAAAUGAAGCUGGAGGAGAAGAAAUUUCAAAUGGAGAAGAAUUAUCAGGAACAGAAGUUAAAAAUGGAGAUUGAGGAGAGGAAACGAGCCCUUGAGUCGCAAAAACAAAAUUAUUCGCUUAUAAAUGCGUUGCUUCAUAUGGUACAAGAGAAACAAAAUUUGCAUUAAUUUUGUAAAUAAAUGCUUUUAUGAGGAAAUAAUAGUUUUUAUUGUAGUUACCUCUGAUAAGGCCGACAUCGACAUGGGAAAUAAACCACAAACUGUCAUUUCGAUAGGUUGGUGUAAGAUUUGGUAGAGGAGGACGGCUCUCUGUAGAAAAUUUAGUUAGCAAAUAGUUAGAAAACUUACUAAAAUUAAAUAAAAAUGAGUACCGCUUUUUCCAACUUUGCAUCCAGAUCAAACAUUUUGUUUCCCAACAAAAUCUUAGUAAUUUCCUCAGACUACAACUACAAAAUUAUUUUUCACAUUUUCUCUACAGGUAUAUACUCACUUUUUUUUUAACGUACAUAGGUGGUAAAAAAAUGGUAAAAACUUGUAAUGCAUAAAUAGCCAAGCUUACACAAUCCAUCACGUCUUCCUCAUUGUGAUACAUUAGAUUUAAAAUGGCGAUUCCUCCGAGAAUGUCACCGAGAGUUACCACAAGAAUCGGAAUCGAAAUCAUUCGGUUGAAAUGUUUAGUAGCUUUAUAUAAAUCUGUAUACAACCCCGAAAUUAAAACGAGAAUACUUAGUGCUUUUUUUCGGUCGGUUUGUGACAAUUUUUUUGUCAAAUUUACAACAAAAUUUAAUUUUUGUCCC